AUGUCGACCAAAGCUCCAGUGACAACACCUCCGAUCGUCAUCCCAGGCCCGCCAACGGUGCGCAUCCCCUCUAACGACUCUGGCACAUUCCACACCCCAGAAGAGCUUCCACCCCUAGAUGCCGAUUUGGAAAGACUUGACUUCUUCAUGGCCGAGGACGCGCGGGGGGUAAGCCCCCCGAAUCCCGUCGACGAUUCAACAGCUCAAAGCGGAAUCCAAGACGCGCAAGAGAUCACAACAAUCCCCGCACCCACCACCACAGAAACCCGAGAAGAAAUCGAGGCGCAUGAAAAUACGACAGGGACUGUAUUGUCUGGUUUCGAAGAUACCAGCGUUCUGCCUCCCCUGACUGAUCGCGACGAUAGCAGCUUGUUCCCCUUGUCGAGCGAAAAUGGCGACCACGAACGAGGGAACAACCAGACCCUCAUUGAAGAGCACGAGAUGCGUCGCAAGUUGAUGGAUAUGGAGUCGAGCUUUUUACCGGAACCGUCAACCAUUGAUGUCGCUGCGAAUGGUCCCAGAUCUGGCGUGGACGAUACCUACUUGGUCGGCGUUGAUGGUAGCUACGAUCCUGAUAUGACACAGCAAACUGAAUCCUCCCAGUUUUCUUUCAUUCCACCUUCGGAUACAAACCCGGACUAUGGUCACUACCAGGAUGAACAUGAUGAUACUCAGGACCAUGCUGAGGCUGAACCUGCGACAGCGGUGCGCGAAGAGCAUGUGGGAAAUGAAAGCACUCUUGACUCGCUCGCCUCGUCGCCCACCGCUGCUGCCAUGCUUCGCAGCCUGAACCGCAACCCGUCUGCAGCGUCAGAAGAUGCCCAAGAUAUCAGCCAAUUUUCGCAGGACGACCGCGCUUUCAGAUCUCAACUCUCACAAGCCGAUGAAUCGCAACUUACACCUUCCAAACUUCGAAAAUCAUCCCGAAGCCUCUCUCCGGCCCCAUCAAGACUGUUCAGUGACAAUAGCUUUAGUGGCGGGGGUAGUCGACGCAGUGGCAGCCGACCCAAGUACUUGACUAGUCGCCAAUCUGCUAAUCGUCUUUCACACUCUUCGAUCACAAGCAACAACACAAACAAUACGGAUGGAACGAAUAGCGACGCUACACUAGGAGCAGAUUAUGCACUUCAGUCUGGAGGGGCAGCGUCUGACAGCUGGGGCGGCCUGCAGCCAGGAUCCCGAGGCCAUAUGACCCGCACAACCAGCCUAGGUAGCAUGGCAUCCGGUGUUUCGGGCUACAGUGAGGAGACUUCCAUAGAGAGACGCAACGUGGGCGGACCGGUCGAUGGAGGAUUGCAAACUUUGCAAGAAGAGAGUUCACCACAGUCCUCGCGACAUCAAGCUGGAAACGAUGACGCAUCUGCACCAACAACACCCAAAGCUAGGCCACAAGACAGACCUUUACCAAGUGAUACAGCAAUUGCGGAACGUAUCAAGGGCAUUCAGGUCCCCACCACUUUUGCACAACGAUUUCGCGAAGAUUAUGGCAGUAUGGGACCAUCCCCUGACAAACGUGCUGGAGCUUCAACACCUGCCCUUGGUCGCAGCGGUCUUGGUCGGAACAUGACUCUCAAAGAGCAAAGUAGCACCAUUGACCGUCUUUCGAAGGAGAACUUCGAUCUCAAAAUGCGCAUUCACUUCCUGAACGAGGCGCUGAACAAGCGAUCCGAAGAAGGUAUCAAGGAGAUGAUAUCAGAGAACGUUGAACUCAAGUCCGACAAAUUGAAAAUCCAAAAGGAUAAUCAAGGCCUGAAGCGCAAGAUUCGUGAUCUUGAAAAACAAUUGAAAGAACACCAGUCAGACAGGGAAUCUAUGCUUAAUCAUGAUCCAGAAGGAUCAGAAGAUGGGGAUAGAGAAUCUGCGAAUGAAACAGAGAAUGUCUAUCUACGGGAGCGAAUUGAGACCUAUGAGCUUGAAGUCGAACGUCUAAGAUCUGAAAGUAUUGCCCGUGAGGGUGAGAAACGACGUCUUGCCGAGAUGGUCAAAUCAAUGAGCGAGAACCGAACAGGAGGGUCUGAAACUGGAGCAAGAGAAGAAAGGGAUAUGUGGAAGGAUAUGCUUGAUGCAGAGACAGCCGCCCGUGAGCAGGCUGAAGAAGAGAACCGCAGACUUCGUGAUGAAUCUAUUCGCCUUCGAAGUGAACUGUAUACAACAACAAAUACUCCUGCCAAAUCAGCGCUCCGCGACAGAGGUGGCUCGACCGUUUCAUACAACUCCGCUUCCGAGAGAGAUGGAAACCGUGGCACUGCAAUGAGCAGCUCCUAUAGCACACUCCUAGUGGAGCUCGAUCUCUUGAAACAAGAAAAUGCAGAACUGAGGAAGGAGGUUAGCGCUCAAACAUCAAUGCUUACGUCUCGUAAUCGGGAGAAGGAACGCCUUUACCAAGAGAUCGAGGAGUUGAAGCUUGGGCAUGGUCGCCAAGGUGGCCGUUCGGUGGCCGGUGACAGUAUUUUCGACCGUUCAGCAUCCCGAUUGCAAGGAAGACCAGGAUCCGAACCGAGCGACGGAGGUAUAUCACGUAGUGAUAUGGAUCGUGAAGAAUUAGAAGCCCGGAAUGGACAACUUCGUGAUCAUGUGUCGACCCUCAAACUGGAGAACCAGGCAAUUCGCGGUGAACUAGAGGAUUACGUCCGAGAGUUGGAAGCUCUUGAUCAAGCCUACCAGGCCGAUGUGGAUCAGGCAGAAGGAGAAAUGCAAAGCCUGCAACAGGAGCGCGACCAAGCCCUUCACAUGGCCGAUGAGCGCGACGCUGCCUUCCAAGAUCUUCGAGCGGAGGCACAAGAAGAACUAGAUGCUCUUGGUGAUGAGCUUGAUCAGAAGAUUGUUGAGUGUCAACGCAUGAGCGAAGAUUUGAGAAACCAAGACGAGAGCCUCAAGGUUCUACAAGCAGAGAUGCGCUCAGCUAGUGAAGGUAUCAUUCGACUUGAAGAAGACGCGCAAAGUAACCUUGAGCGAUACAAGGCUGUUCAGCAGGAGCUUGAGGAAACCCAUGGCGAGAUGGAAUCGUUGGAGAAGAGCCUCUUUGAAGCCAAUACGAAGGUACAGAGACUAACGGUUCAAAUCGAGUCAAGUCAGAACGAAAUCGCUUUCCUCCGAGAAGAACAGGAUGGCGACAAAAUUCGUAUUGGCGACCUGGAAUCCGAACUUAAAAUGUACCAGAUGUCUCUUUAUAGCGAAAAAGAUAAGUCCAGGGAGCUUGAGCAACGGUUGGCAGACGAACGACACCAGCGUGAGGUGGUCGGAAGCAAAGAGAAGCAAGAAGUCCAGCGGAUCAUGAAUGAGCUGAACCGCGAGGCCUCGGCAGCCAAGGAGGAAGCUCGGAGAUUGAAGAAAAGCUUAUCGACUCAAGAGAUCGAAACAUCUACCUGGCGAGAACGCCUUAUGGAUCUUGAAAACAAUCUUCGUGAGACGCUGGGAGAUCUCAGUGGCAGUCGUUCCAGCAUGAUAACUAACAUCAUGAAGCUUCAAAAGGAGCUGGAGUCUACCGCCCUUGAGCUGGAGAGUGUGCGAUCACAGCUCGAUGAGAAGGAGUCUCUACUCCGGAAUCGCGAUGCUUUAUUAGAAAGCCAUGGGCUCGAGUCAAGAAAACUCUCUGAGCUUCUGGAGCGCGAGCGUCAAGCCCGCCGCGCCGACAAACAAUCCUUUGAGCAGUCACUCAAAUCUCACCAGCAAGCAUCUCGCACUAUCAUUCAAAGCAAUUCCCGUAUAACAGAGCUGGAAAAUGCUCGCAACCAGGAUCGCAAGCGCUUCACAUCUCUCGAGCAGCAGUUCAAGGACCAACUCAGCGAGCGUAAUCUGAUGUUCUUGACUAUUUGGAAACGACUCUCGUCAAUCUGUGGUCCUGACUGGGCUCACUCUAAUAGUCUCAUUAAUGGGAACCUUCCAAGCCAGGAAGUUAUCGGCAAUAUCCUAUUUUGGCCAGGCUUCAGUCGCAAUCUGAUGCUCGCUAUAAAGACUCUUGAGGCCGUGGUUGCACAAUUCAAGGGCCGUAUUAAGAGCGUGGAGGUCGAUAUGAACAAGCAAUACCAAGCUCUUGAGCACUCCUUCGCUCAGCGUGUACGCAGACUUGAUCGUGUGGAGGAAACUGUCAAGAAUAUGCGCGCUGGACGAAGCAGCCACUCGAGUUCGUCUUCAGAAGUAUCUAAAUUGCGCGGCGAAAACCGGUUAUUGAAAGCCGAGAUCAACUUGCUCCAGUCCAAUCCGCGAGGUCAAGGAGCGGCCUCUUCAGCAGCGGCAGCAAUCAUGGCAUCAGGACCAAGAUCCCCAUCCAUCGGAUCUAGUGCGGACGCAGAACGACAGUUGACUCGCCACAAUUCUGGAUCGCGCAGCAGUGAAAAACCACGUUCGGAGCGCGGUCUCACUCGCAGUUCAUCGGGUAUACCCCAGCCAUCUUACGCGUCAUCAAACAGCACGGUAGCCAAUACCAAUGCCUCUGGAUCAAUGCUAUAUCGAACGCACAGUGGACAGCAGAGUCACUGGCAAGGUGGGGAUGAGAAGUGGAUUCACCGACUGCAUGAGCUUGAGAAACGAUUAAAGGCUGAGCGAGAGGGUCGUCUACUCGACCGCAGUGGUGCACGAAAGCGUCUGGAAGAGCGUGAUGCUGAGAACCAAAAACUUCGUGAUCAGCUUAGCCGUGAGCGUGUCCGUCAUGGCCCUUCAGGAGCCAUUGAGGACGGACGACAUCGACCCCAAACCUCGGACGAGAACCCUAGCUCAAGUGAGGGAGAGGGUCUCAUUGUGGAUAUUGAGGUGUAA